GUAAAGGAAGACUUACUUAACAGUACUAGUACAGCUAAGUAUUUAGCUCAGAAGUGGUGUAAUAGUAAUCCUUCAUAUACCGCAUUAUAUAGUGUCAGUUGUUGCUUUGUGAACAGUAACAGUUUCUGCUUGGAGUCGUGUUUCCACAUGACACUGCACUGUGUAUUUAUUCCAAGCAUUUGUUGAUCAGCGUCCUACUGAGUCUUGAAGAGUGUGGGUGUUGGCUGUGCAGCCAGCUUCAGGAGGACAUGAAUAAGUUUCCUGGUGACCUGAGUGAGAAGGAGCGGGAACUGCUGAUGAUCCGCAGGGCCAGUGGAGCUAAAGCCUCACAGCUGGCUCAGAUGGAGAAGAUGCUACAGGAGACCAAAAGCAUGCUGGACAAGAAGACUGAGAUGGGUACAGAAAAAAUCACUUGUGGAGACAACAUGGUGUCUGAGCUGGAGGAGAAGGUGCAACGCAGUAAGCGAGAACGGCGUAACUCUCUGCACCGCACACAACUGCUGGAAAGUCAAAUGAAGACAGUGCGUGGUGAGCUGGUGGACACGCUGGACCACUUGCAGACACUCAGAGAUGUCCUGCGCCGCUCACAGCAAAAAGCAGAAGCGCGCCAAGCAGCCAUGGAGAAACUGAAUGCCGAGCUCAGGUGAGGUCCUGACCAGCAGACCUGAUCUCCAUGUUGUAAAGUGACACCCUCCUGACCUCACGGUUCGAUCAUUUUAUAAGACAAUGGUCAUGUCUUACUUCUCAGUCCCCAAGAGUGUUUAUAUUUUUCUGGUUUAAAGGAACAGUCCAC